CUUCUCAAUUAUCAAAGUGAGCUCGAGCAAGCAACAAGUGUGACAGGAACCGAAAACAGAUUCAGAAAUCAGAAAUCAGGAAUUGAAAUACGCGAAUUGAGUAAUCACAAUAAAGGAGAAUCACGAAACGAGAUAACAAAAGCCACAGAAUUUCAAUUUGCGAUCACUUUAAAUUAAAUUGAAUUUGAUUUUGAUUUGUAAAAUAAACAAACCGACAACAGAUUUAAAAUCAACGCGUGUGCACGAGAUACAAGAUACAUUUGAUUAUAUAACUUUGUUUAUCAACGAUAACAACAACAACAACAAGUGCAACGUUAGAAUGACUCGCCAUAGUUCCAAAGGUGACGUGACCACCAGCAAUUGCAAACACAACAACAACAACAGCACGAGUAACAACAACAACAGCAAUGGAGACAAUAAACCCGCCGAAUACACCGCACAGGAGGCGAACACGUAUCCUUAUGAGGUGAUUCAGGAGAUUGCCGACUUCAUUGUGAAAGGAGCUGGCAUCCGUCCCAAAAUUGGCAUCAUUUGCGGCUCUGGACUUGGUUCCCUCGCGGAUAUGAUUCAGGAUGCGAAGGUUUUUGAGUACGAGAAGAUUCCCAACUUCCCAGUGUCCACGGUGGAGGGACAUGCAGGAAAACUGGUCGUUGGCACACUGGAGGGAGCUAAUGUGAUGGCGAUGCAGGGUCGCUUCCACUUCUAUGAGGGAUAUCCCUUGGCCAAGUGCUCGAUGCCGGUGCGCGUGAUGAAGCUCUGUGGCGUGGAGUAUCUGUUUGCCACGAACGCCGCUGGUGGCAUCAAUCCCAAGUUCAAUGUGGGCGACAUUAUGCUGAUGCAUGAUCAUGUCAACAUGCUGGGCUUUGCCGGCAACUCACCACUCCAGGGUCCCAACGAUCCUCGCUUUGGACCUCGUUUCCCCGCCCUGGUCAACUCCUACAACAGGGAUCUGAUCAACAAGGCGCUAGAGAUUGGCAAGGCGAUGGGCAUCGAGUCGAAUAUCCAUGUCGGCGUCUAUUCCUGCCUUGGUGGUCCAACAUACGAGACAAUCGCCGAGCUGAGGGCGCUCCGCAUGAUGGGGGUGGAUGCGGUGGGCAUGUCCACAGUCCACGAGGUGAUCACAGCCCGCCACUGCGACAUGAAGGUGUUCGCGUUCAGUUUGAUCACCAACAAGUGCUCCACCGAAUACAGCGACCAGAAGGACGAGGAGGCCAACCACGAUGAGGUCAUGGCCGUGGCCAAGAACCGACAGAAAUCCUGCUGCGAACUUGUCGCCCGUCUCAUUAGCGAAAUCCAGAAAGGCUCGUAAAUGAAGCGCCGGCAAAUGCCUACAGAUACUUUGGCUCUAUUAAGAUACUUAGUUUUUCUCUGAAUGGAAUUUUUGUCUUAUCAACUGGGAAUUUUCCAUGCCGGCCACAGGCCAGUUUUGUGUGUUACUCACAGAGCCAACGGGUAGCUCGAAAUUAAGAUAUUUAUUCCUUCACUUAGUUUAACUAAUUAAAAAUGCUUGGUAUUUAGUUUUUAGUCAUGUCAAUUAAUAAUAUCUCAUAAGGAUCGGUUAAUAAACACAAAAGUAACUGGAGGCAUCAAUGAAAUUGCUAUCAAUA